ACCUACCGGAAUACUCUGCUUUCAAACAGCAGCCAAUCGGAUCAUCGAAUCCCUCACGACGUCAACGUGGGCUCGGCGUUGAAAUUGGCCGGGAGCUGAAGACGAUAGAGGAGCGCGAGGCGAGGAGGACAACAUCUCGGAAAAAACAAGAACAAGAAAUUCCCUCCAAUAAAUAUGUUGAAUUCGCUCACAUUACUCCUGGAAAAAGUACUCUUCCUCACUCACCUCAAUGUCUUCAAUCACUUCAGGACCAGUCUGUUUUUUUCAGACACACAGAGAGAGAGGGAGAAGAAGAUAGUUACAAAUCACUGCGAGAAAGAGGAGGUCCCCGAUCCCUCCGCCGGCACCGCACUCCCAGACUCACUAUACCAGCGGGGAGACUUGUUAGAAGUUCCCCGGACUCUAUUCACUCAUUUCGGCAUCUAUUUAGGGGACAACCGGGUGGCACAUCUGAUUCCGGAUAUCUUGCCACUCUUGACAACGGACAAGCGUUCCAUCCAGGUGAUGGUAACUAACAAACGCUUAGUUCUUGGCGUUCUAUCCAAGAGCGCCAGCAUUCGGGUGGAUACUGUUGAGGACUUUGCCUACGGCGCGUCAAUUCUACUUAACGUUAUGGACACUACCGUGCAGAGACGACCGUUGGAUGGCGAAGAGAUUGCGAGGAGAGCAGAGGAAAUGGUUGGGAAGAUACCUUACAGCUUGCUGUGGAAUAACUGUGAACAUUUCGUUACUUAUUGCCGUUACGGCAGCGCGAUCAGCAUUCAGACAGACAAGUUCUGUGAUUGGCUGAAAUCUGUCAUCCGGGAUCACAGGAGUGUUCCGCUGACUGGGUUCCUGGGAAUUCUGUCUGUUCUCGUUCUGGGAAUGUCCCCUUACACCACGCUUCCCACCCUCCUCAUCCCCUUCACCCUCUGGAUGGCAGGCUGAUUCUGGGAAUUCUGCAAUUCCAUUUCAUUUCAAUAUGAAUUUUGAUAAUAUGUAUAUAGGUAUAUAUAUCUUUUUUUUUACAUCUCCAGAAAUUGAAAUGUUCACGGGUCACCAUAUUCCAAUUCCCCCUGAGACACCUGCAGGAAGUGGGGGUCACAGCCAGGGUCACCAUAUCCCAACUCCCCCUGAGACAC